AUGAAAUUAACAAAUUCUAUUUCUCCAACUAAUUUAGAUGGUGAAAUAAAUAAAAACUCACAGCCAUCAAAUGAUAAUCAACAACAACAACAACCCAAAAUCAAUAAAAUUAUUAAUAAAUUUUCAGAAUCAAUUAAUUCAGUUUCAAAAACAAUUGGUAAAGGUAUUGGAGAUUUAACAUCAUCAAAUGCAUUGGAUGAACAUAUUAAAAAUCAUAAUUCAAAUUUUAUAGAUCCAUUCUAUAAUGAGGAGGCAGUUGUUGUUGUAGAUGAUGAGAAUAUUCGUAGUCUCAUUGGUGAUAAUUGUAGUAGUAUUGGUAAUAUUGGUGUAAAUGGUAUUGAAGCAUUCUAUGGUGAACAUAAUAAUAAGAAAUCUGAAUUGAUUAAACAAUUCUUAAAGAUCAAUUCAACCAAUAAUAAAUCUAAUCAAACUAUUGUAGUUGAUCAUAUGGAUUAUAGUGUAAUGGAAAGACAAUCAUCAUCAUCAUCAUCAUCAUCAUCACGAUCCACUGGUGUUAGUAAAUUAAUUCCAUUUUUAAAGAGAAAAGAAAAGAUUGAAAUUUUAAAGGAUUUAUCAUUUUAUUUGAAACCAGGUAUGAUGGUGUUAUUAUUGAGUGAAGCAGGUUCAGGUGUUUCAACAUUAUUCAAAUGUUUAACAAAUAGAAUUCCAAAACGUGGUUCAAUCAAUGGUGAUAUUCUAUUUGAUAAUGAACCAAUUGAUGGAGAGUCACAUCAUUCACAAUAUCUAUUCGUUCAACAAUCUGAUCAUCACAUUUCAACAUUAACAGUGAAAGAGACAUUGGAAUUCUCAAUUGAAUGUCAAUCAAAUUUAUCAAGAGAAGCAAAGAAACAAUUAUCAUCCAAUAUUCUAUCGAUUCUUGGUAUUAGUCAUGUUGCAGAUACUUAUAUUGGUAAUCAAUCAAUUCGUGGUAUUUCAGGUGGUCAAAAGAAACGUAUGACAGUUGCAGUUGAAUUGGUUAAGGGUGCAAAGGCAAUAAUGAUAGAUCAAGCCACCAAUGGGUUAGAUUCAACAUCAGCAUUUGAAUUGUUAAAUUCGAUUCAAAUGAUUUCAAAAGUAUCAAAUGUACCAGCAUUGGUAUCAUUGUUACAACCAUCUCCAGAGAUUUUCUCAUUAUUCUCACAUAUAUUAAUGAUGAAAGAUGGUGAAAUCACAUUCUUUGGUGAGAAACAUCAAAUUUUCGAUCAUUUCUCUGAUUAUGGUUUAGAAUGUAAAGAUAAACAAAAUCCAGCUGAAUUUCUCUCUUCAAUUUAUCAUCAAGCUCAAUUGGAUCCAGAUUGUCAAUUAAAAUCAUCAAGUGAUUUCAUUGUAGCUUAUAAACAAUCGCAAUAUUAUAAAGAUUGUUUAAUUAAGAUUAGUCAAGAAAGAUUAUCAAAUCAUAAAUUUAGUGGUGAUAAAUCUAUAAAAAUAAUUGAAAAUGAAAAAGAACAACAACAACAAGAAAUUUAUCAAUUAUCAUUAAUUAAACAAAUUCAAUUAAAUUUAAAGAGAGCAUUUUUAACAACAAUUAGAGAUAGAGCAUCAAUUUUAUCAAGGGUUAUCAAAUCAUCAUUGUUAGGUUUAUUAAUUGGCACUUUAUUUUUCCAAUUGGAUUCUAGUCAAAAGUCAGCAAAUUUAUUACCAUCAUUAUCAUUCUUUUUGUUAACAUUUGUUGUAUUUGGUUCAUUGGCUGGUGUUGGUCAAGUAUUUUCAGAGAGACCUGUGUUUUAUGAUCAAAAGAUUGGAAAAUAUUAUAAGAGUAUUGCAUACUUUUUCGCAGGUUUAGUAUCGGAUUUAAUUUGGAAUUUCAUUGAUGUUAUUAUCUUUUGUUCAAUUUCAUAUUGGUUAAUUGGUCUUAAUCAUUCGGCAGAUAGAUUCUUCUUUUUCUUAUUGGCAAUUUAUUUAUUGGAUUGUUUGGUUAAUAGAGUCUCAAAGAUGGUUUCAAUUUAUUCACCAAAUGCAGCGAUCGCUUCAACUAUUGCACCAUUGUAUUUCAGUUUGUUCCUUUUAAUGGCAGGUUAUUUAAUUCACCGUAAUUCAAUACCAAUCUAUUGGAGAUGGAUGCAUUAUAUAUCACCAUUUAAAUGGGUUUUUGAAGCAAUUCUCUCAAAUCAACUUCAUGGUCAAACUUUUACUUGUAAAUCUGAUGAAUUAUUACCACCAAUUGGUUAUCCACUCUUAAAUGUUAGUUUUCCUGAUGGAUAUAGUGGUUCACAAGUUUGUCCAAUCAUUGAUGGUAUUGAAAUUUUAAAAUCAAAAGAUAUAAACUCUGAUUAUAGUUAUAAAUAUUAUUCAGUUUGGAUUAUACUUUCAAUGUAUUUACUCUUUUCAAUUUUAUCAAUUAUUGGUUUAUCAAAUAUAACAUUUGAUAAUAUAAUUUCAAAUAAAGAAAAGAAUAAUGGUAAUGGUAAUAAUAAUUAUAAUGGUAAAGAAUCAAUUAAUGAAGAAUCAAUUAAAUUAUCAAUUAAACAACAUCAACAAAAACAAUUUGAAUCAAAUGAAAAAUGUUAUUUAACAUUUAAGAAUUUAACAUAUAAAGUUUUGAUAAAGAAAAAGAAUCAUCAAAAAGUUUCACGUACAUUAUUACAUGAUAUUAAUGGUUAUGUUAAACCUGGUUCAAUGGUAGCAUUGAUUGGUAGUAGUGGUGCAGGUAAAUCAACACUAUUGGAUAUUUUAGCCAAUAGAAAGGAUCAAGGUAUAAUUAGUGGUGAAAUUCUAUUGAAUGGUAAAGCAAGAGAUAAAUGUUUCAAUCGUUAUGUCGCCUAUGUAGAACAAGAGGAUACUUUACCAGAUUUUCAAACUGUAAGAGAGGCAAUUACAUUUUCAGCUUUAUUAAGAUUACCAAAUGAUACAAUGACUCAUCAAGAUAAAUUAGAUACUGUUGAUUACAUUUUAGAUGUUUUAGAAUUGAAUUCCAUUGCAAAUACAUUAAUUGGUAAAGUAGAUCAUGGUAUCACUCAAGAACAAAGAAAAAGAGUAAACAUUGCAAUUGAAAUGGCUUCAUUACCAGAUAUAUUAUUCCUUGAUGAACCUACAACAGGUCUUACAAGUGUAGCUGCUGAAUUAAUUAUGCAAUUAAUUAAAAGGGUAGCAUUAGAUGGUAGAUCAGUGAUUUGCACAAUUCAUCAACCAUCUGAAACUAUAUUUAAAAAGUUUGAUAGUAUUUUAUUAUUAACUCAAGGUGGUUUUGUUGCUUAUUUUGGUGAACUUGGUCCAAAUUGUAGAACUGUACUCAACUAUUGUUCAGAUUUAGGUUUUAAUUGUCCACAAGGUAAAAAUCCUGCUGAUUUCUUAUUGGAUUUCUCUGCUUCAUUUAAUUCCGCAAGUAGAUUAGCUUCAAAUGAUAAAAUGAUUCCAUCAAUUAGAUCAAGAAUUAAAAAUGUUGGUAAUUAUUGUUUUGAUGGAAGUUCAAAUUUAAAUAAUAAAAAUGAAAUUAAACAACAACAAACAACAACUCAAAAUGUAAACCUUGGUAAUGAAGAUAAACAACAACAACAACAAGAAGAAGCUAAUGAUGACAAUAAUAUUCAAGAAGCAACUAGUAGUAAUAGUAAUAAUAAUAAUAAUAAUGAUAUUAUUGAUAAUUAUCAAUUUUCAAAUUUAAAUAGAGAUACAAUUGAAAUUAUUGAUAGUGGUUUACCAAUUGGUUUUAUUAGUAAAACAUUUAAAGAAAAGAAUGCAACAUCAUUUUUAUUUCAAUUCUUUAUGUUAUUAUUUAGAUUCUUUGUUUGUGCAAUUAGAAGAAGAAAUUUAAUUAUGACAAGAAUCAUUAGAUCCAUAUUGCUAUCAGUUGUAACAGGUACAUUAUAUUUACAGUUAAAGAAUGAUCAAGAUGGUGUAAUGGAUAGAAUUAGUUUUAUUUUCUUUACUUCAACAUUUGCUUCAAUUUCAUGUCUUUCAAAUAUUCCAACAGUGUUUGAAGAUCGUUUUCUAUUCUAUCAUGAAUUGAACUCCAAUACAUACCGUCAUCUAAGUUACAUUUUAGCAAUGAUUUUAGCCGAUUUACCAUUCACCAUAAUGUACUCUUUAUUGUUUAGUGCUCCUAUUUAUUGGAUUGUUGGCCUUCAAAAUGAUGUUGAUAAAUUCUUGUUCUUCAUAUUCGUAUAUUAUCUAUAUCUUCAAGUGUUGGUAUCAUUUUCACAAUUGUUAGGUAUGGUUAGUCCAACAUUAGCAACUGCCAAUGAAAUCACAGGUAUCUCCUUCUCUGUGUUUAGUUUAUUCGCUGGUUUUAUCAUAAAGAAAGAUGAUAUACCUUCCUAUUAUAAAUGGUUAAAUUAUGUCUCGAUCACUCGUUAUUUGGUUGAACCAUUAACUGUAAAUGAAAUGACUGGUAGUGUUUCAUUUCAUUGUGAACCUCAUCAAUUGAUUCCAGUACCAAUUCAUUAUACUCCUACCAAUGCCACUGCCUCAGAACCAACUAAAUUGGUCUUUAAAUCAUUUUGUCCAAUCACUCAAGGUAAUCAAGUACUCUAUCAAUUCGAUAUUAAUGAUACCGAUAAAUUUGAAGAUACUUUUGUUUUAAUUGGUUUAUUUAUUGGUUUUUUAUUAUUAAUUUUAAUAUUUUCAAAAAUUUUAAAAUUUAAAAAAUAA